AUGGCAUCAACUUCACACCCCCACCGCCAGAAAUUCACACUCACAUCCACCACCACCGCCCUCGCGCUCCUCCUUCCCCCCAACCUCUCCCCCGAACUCACCACCCUCCGCACCCUCCACGACCGCACAUCCCAAACCUGGCCCUCCCACCUCACCAUCCUCUACCCCUUCCUCCCUCUCUCCUCUCUCCCCUCCGCAAUGCCCCUCCUCCAAUCCGCACUCUCAUCUCUUCCUUACCACAAACUUAAAGUUGUGUUGGAUGAAGUAGGGGUUUUCAAACAUAGGAAGAACGCUACAGUGUAUUUGAAACCCGGGGAGGGUGGUGAGUCUGAGGGGACUUUGAAGGAGUUGAGGGGGUGUGUGGAGGGGCUGUUUGGUUUGAGAGAGGGAGAGGGGACGAGGGAGGGGGUUUGGAGACCGCAUUUGGGGGUGGGACAAGCAGCGCGGGGAGGGAAUGGGGUGGAGAGGUUGGUGGAGCAGGUGAGCAAGUUGGAUGAUUUGGAGUGGGAUGCUAAGGGGCUGGUUGUGUUGAGGAGGGAAGUGGAUGGGAGGAUGACGGUUUGUGAGGAAUUAAGAUUUGGUGGUAAUAGUGAGUUGGAUGAGGAUGGGGGAAAUGUGAAAGAAGAGGGGAGAAUCGAUGAUACGGGGUGGACGCCUUGUUUUGCAUUCAAAAACGACGGUUACAGCAUUGAGCAGGAGACAUGGUCUCGCUUCUCACCAGAUUCCAAGCUCGAAGCGAAGCACACGGAAAACAUCUCAAUAUCAACCUACAACAUCAUGGCCGAGCCCACAGCGGCCCCCUUCACCACUCGCCUCCCCCUCAUCAUCACCUCCCUCUCUUCACCAAGCCCACUACCUCCAUCAUCCACCCUCCAAAUCCUCUGCCUCCAAGAAAUCAACGACGAAUCCCUCCCCCUCAUCCUCGCCUCGCCCUACAUCUGCAACACCUACCCCUACUCCACCCACGCACCCUCUUCGCUCCUCCCCAGCGCAAGGAACCUACUCACUCUCGCUUCGCAACCUUUCACGUCGACCGUCGUGAAUUUCGAGGAACGGCAUAAAUCUGCGCUGGUUGUUGAGUUUGAGAUGAGGUUUGGGGGUGAAAGGAGGAAGUUGUUGGUUGCGAAUGUGCAUCUUACGAGUGGGUUGACGGAUAGAGCUGUUAGGGCGAAGAAGAGCCAGAUGGAUAAUCUGAGGAAUUUCCUGCUGGCACGGGACAAUGGGAGGGAAAGCGAGAUUGUCUUGGCGGGUGAUUUUAACCUUACGACUUCGAAGAGGACGAUCGAGACUACGCUCUCGCGAGGUCUUAUUACGGCUGAAACGGCGAAUGCUGUAAAGAACGUUGUUGAUCUCAGUGUUUGGGAAGACGCCUUCCUCGCUUCAGAAUUGAUUGUUGGAGGUGGAUGUGAAAACACCCUCCUGGGCCACGGUGGCGGUGAGAUCUUCGAAGGUGAAAAGGGCGCUACUUUCGAUCGGACUACGAACCCCAUAGCAGCGCAGCUGGAUCCACCGAUAGAUCGGAGUCCGCAGCGUUAUGAUCGUGUUCUAUAUCUCAAAUCAGGUGGGAUAUCUUCCGAGAAGACUGGGUUUGAGAUUUUUGGGUUCGCGGAUGACCAAGGACACGUUGGAAGUGACCAUUAUGGUGUUCGUGCUUUACUUAGCAUUGCGAAUACUGGAUCUGGAUCAGGAUUAGGAUCAGGUGCAGAUAUUGGGCCUUCUACAACAAAACAUAGAGAUUUGUCGAGACCUGAGGCUGGCGAAACAAUCACAAUCGUUGAAGACGACACUGAUUUCAGCACUCUCCUCGACCCAUACCUACCCACAGCAAACGAUAUCGCCCAGCGAAGAAUGGCAAUCGAACUCCUUCAAUCAACCCUCUCUCGAGGGCCUGGACUGGAGAACCUCAUACUCGCCCCUCUAGGCAGUUAUCUUAUGGGCACGUAUUUCGCUGAUUCAGAUGUCGAUAUCCUGGCUAUUGGCAGUGUCAGUCCUGCGAAGUUCUUUGACUUUGUGGGGAGAGAGUUAAGGAAAUCGGACUUGGAAGGUGAUACUGGAAGUGGAGACAGCUUCAAGGGCGUGCAUUUUGUUAACUCGUUGGUUUCGAUUGUGGAGGUUGUUGUUUUGGGGAUUAAGUUUGAUUUGCAGUACUGUCAAGCCGAUGAACUGGUUAAAGUAUAUUACGACUCUAUCCCGUCACCAGAACUCCAGGACCUAGUCUUCGACAAAGAUCUAAUCUCUACCCUUUCGCCCUCUUCGAUUCGACCCCUCAACACCUACCGUGACUCCGCGUUUCUCCUCAAUACAAUCCCACAUCUCCCAUCCUACCGUCUCGCGCACCGCUAUCUAUCUAUAUACCUCAAGAAUCGCGGCCUGUAUUCCGCAAAAUUUGGAUACCUAGGCGGAAUACAUCUCCAGCUGAUGCUCAACCGAGUCGUGAAACUCAUCCACUUGUCCACCACAAGCGAUAAUUACGAGAGCGGUUCCGUUCCAGUCACAGUCUCAGCAUCGACUGUCAUUCGCACAUUCUUUGCUUGCUACUCCUCAUUCAAUUGGGCUUCAGAGAAUGUUCUAGAUCCGCUUCUUGGGCCAGAGUGCAAAAUCUCCUCGAGAUCAGCACGUGACGCUAUCUUCAUACCAGCAAUCCACACGCCUACCGCUCGACCCAACGUCGCAUCUUCAUGCACGAAACUGUCAGCGCAUACACUGUCUUCUGAAUUCAAGCUUGCAGCAGAUCAUCUCAGUGCUGGCGACUGGGAAUGGUGUCUUCGAUCACCCGAAGAGGGUUUGGGCGAUUUCCUGCAUGGAAGUGGUGCGUUCAUCCGGGUUGCGAUCGAUGUUUGGGGUGUUGGUGAGGGAAGUGGGAGAGGGAAAAGUGUUAUAGCAGAGGAAAAAGUUAGAGGGGUUAUUGGCGCGCUGGAAAGUAGAUUCCCAAGGCUUCUGGUAAGUCUGGGAUGGAUUGCGGGGGUGGAGGGCAGGGUUUGGCCGGCGAGGCUGUAUGUUCCUGACCGCUGUCAGAGUACUCAGGACGAGGGCAAAGGAAAAGGAAGAGAAUACGAGGAUUAUGAAGCAAGAGAUCAUGCAGAAGGCCAGUUCAAGGGCUACUACCUUCUUGGUGUUUCUACACGAGAAGGGAUGGAUAAAGAGGGUAAGAGGCUGAUGGGAGGCAAGUUGAUGACUGCCGUUCGGGAGUUUGAGAGGGGUAUCCUGGAAGUGAGGGAGUUUGUGGAAGCAAGUGAGAAUGUUUGGGUCGUUGUUGAUGUUGUGAGGAGAAAGGAGGUGUUAGGUAUGGGUCUUGAGAUUGAUCGGAGGGAGUGGGGUGUGAAAACACGACAGCGACCUGAUACAUUGGAACAUCAAAUCUCACUACAAGAUCCAGAGUCAGGAUUUCCUUCAUCGACAGCCACAUCAUCUGCAGGUACUCACAGCUCCUCAUCAGCAGCUACGACCACAGCGGUCAAGUCCAGCAAGCAGCUCAAACAAAAAGCUACACCUCUCCGCCCCGUUCACGAGAUCAUCGCCCGCAUAAAAUGGGAUGCAGAUCUUGAUAUCGCGAAUUACCUCAUUGGAUAUGAGGAUCGUUUUGUGGGUGUCAAGGAAAUGGAGCUGGGAAGGUGGAAAAGUGAGAGUACGGACGAGGAGUUCAUUCCUUUGCAUGGGGUCGUGUGGAUCAGGAUGAAAGAUGCAGUGGAAGACGGCACUGGCGAGAGAGUAGAUGAUGAAAUAGUGAGCGAGAAUGAGUGCGGAGAUGAGGAUGAGAGGGGUAGGGAUGGGGACGGGGAUGAGAUUCAGGGAACUAGGGGUGCGAUAGUCUGGGAUCGGAGACGAAAGAUUGACCGUUUCUUUGGGAGUGGAAUAGGUGUUGGUUGA